GUGAGUGCGCGGGGGUGCUCCUGCUCCUCUACAGUUAAACACUUGUCCUGUAGGUGUAGCCCGUCUGGUGGGGCGCUCUUCUCAGCACGGAGCUCUACAGGCCAGAAGCCAGACCGCGGGGAACAUCGAAACGAAGUUACGUCGGACUGAAGUAAACUUCGGCGGACGCAUGAGAGCAUUCGCGAGACACUCCAGCGCCGCAGACAUGUUCACGCGCGGGGCGAGGAAGCGACGCUCCAGUCGCUCGGUAAACGCGGCUGAGGAUCCAGACCGGGGGCAGCCGUGUAUGCGCUGUGGAGAACAGUGUCCUGGCUUCCGCAUGCAUGGAUGGAGGAAGAUCUGUGUGCACUGUAAGUGUGUGCGGGAGGAGCAUGUGGUGCGCUCUGUGCCCGGACAGCUGGAGAGAAUGAUGUUGAAGCUGGUGUCUGACUUCCAGAGGCACUCCAUAUCUGACGACGACUCGGGCUGCGCCUCGGAAGAAUAUGCCUGGGUGCCGCCCGGGAUCAAGCCUGAACAGGUGUAUCAGUACUUCAGCUGUAUUCCAGAGGACAAGGUUCCAUACGUCAACAGUCCAGGAGAGCGAUACCGUAUUAAACAGCUUUUACACCAGCUGCCGGCCCAUGACAGCGAGCCUCAGUACUGUAACUCUCUGGAUGAAGAAGAGAAGAAAGAAUUGAGGUUAUUCAGCCAGCAGAGGAAGAGAGAGAAUCUGGGCCGCGGCAUCGUUCGACUUUUUCCGGUCACCAUGACCGGAGCCAUCUGUCAACAGUGUGGCAGGCAGAUCUGCGGCGGUGACAUAGCGGUGUUUGCGUCGCGAGCGGGUCACGGCUCCUGCUGGCAUCCUCAGUGCUUCCAGUGCGCUUCCUGUAACGAGCUGCUGGUGGAUCUCAUUUACUUCUAUCAGGACGGGCACAUCUACUGUGGCCGGCACCACGCCGAGCACAUCAAGCCCCGCUGCCAGGCCUGCGACGAGAUCAUCUUUGCGGACGAGUGUACGGAGGCGGAGGGCCGGCACUGGCACAUGAAGCACUUCUGCUGUUUCGAGUGUGAGGCGGCGCUGGGUGGCCAGCGCUACAUCAUGAGAGAGAGCCGGCCGUACUGCUGCCACUGCUACGAGUCUCUGUACGCCGAAUACUGCGACACCUGCGGAGAACAUAUCGGUGAGAGCACACAGACAACACUGUAUCAAACCGCUGCUUACAUGGACACGCCACUCAAUGAGAGAGUGAAAGAAUAUUUAGAGUAAAUAUAAAUAUAACUCCAAUAUAUAGCAGACGUUUUGAGGCUAAACAAAAACAUAUCUG